AUGACAUUUUCACAGCAGCAGCAGCAGCAGCAGCAGCAGCAGCAGCAGCAGCAGCAGCAGCAGCAGCAGCAGCAGCAGCAGCAGCAGCAGCAGCAGCAGCAGCAGCAGCAGCAGCAGCAGCAGCAGCAGCAGCAGCAGCAGCAGCAGCAGCAGCAGCAGCAGCAGCAGCAGCAGCAGCAGCAGCAGCAGCAGCAGCAGCAGCAGCAGCAGCAGCAGCAGCAGCAGCAGCAGCAGCAGCAGCAGCAGCAGCAGCAGCAGCAGCAGCAGCAGCAGCAGCAGCAGCAGCAGCAGCAGCAGCAGCAGCAGCAGCAGCAGCAGCAGCAGCAGCAGCAGCAGCAGCAGCAGCAGCAGCAGCAG